AUGCAAAUCAAAGACGACCCUUCUCUAAAAUGGCCAGAGAAGAUGAAAGGAGAUCCCAAUAAGCACAAUAAGAGUAAAUAUUGUCGCUUCCAUUGGGACCAUGGGCAUGACAAAGAUGAAUGUUAUGACCUGAAGCAGCAAAUUGAGAAUCUUAUUAGACAAGGAAAGCUGAGGCACUUCGUUGGAAGGGAUCAUAGAGAUGAGAAGUUGAAAGGAAAAAUGGAGGAAUCAUCCCGGCCCCCACUAGGAGAGAUAAGGAUUAUCAUUGGAGGAAACUCCACGGAGCAAUCUUCCAAGUCAAAGAAGACAUAUCUCAAAGUGGUGCAAAACGUCCAACUCUCUGGACGAUCACCAAGGACGAGAUCAAUGGACGGGCCGGCCAUUUCCUUCACCGACGAAGAUGCUGAGAGGAUCCAUCACCCGCAUGACGAUGCAAUUGUCAUUACUCUGCUUAUUGCAGAUUAUACAACCAGGAGAGUGUUAGUUGACAAUGGAAGCUCAGCAGAUACAUUGUACUACCCUACCUUCCAAUAG